AGGAGGAGGGGGGAUGUGGCCGCAGCAGCCUGACGACCGAGUUUUGUUUUAUUAUUAUUUGUAUUAUUAAUAUUUAACGUGGAAUCUGUCUGUGGACAGGAAGGCGUGUGUUGUGUUCAGGCUCAGUCAGUAUUUCUGUGGUCAGACUGAAGAGGAGGAAAGAAGGAAACCAAGGCCGAGCCAAGUUUUCUACUGAAGUCCAGGAAGUCUCAAACCGCUACGUCUGCAGAAAAAAAGACACGAUGAGGAGGAACAUGUUAGUGGAUGGAUAGAAGAAGGAAACAAAAGUGGCCGAUUAACCUUUGAGCCUUCUUCCCCUGUCCUCACGAGAAGUCACAAGACAAACUCUCGUAUAAUUUUCCCGAAUGCCGGACCUGGACUCACGGUGAGAGGACGCUGUGUCUCUUUGUUUUUUCGGGGGACUAUUUUGUCGUGAGCGCAUAAACACACUCGUAGGUCUGAGGGAAGGAGCCUUCACCCAGAUGAACUGAAGGACAGCAGCUGGUUUGUCUUGUUAAAUCCUCCUGUUCAUUUUACAUUGUUCAUUGAGAGACAACACGAUCAGCAAAGCCAGAGGGAAGACACACAAACACACACACACACGCCAUGACCUCUGUCCAUUUCAGUCCAGGCUCAGAUUCAGGUGUAAAUGGAAACGUUGCAAAGAUGGAGGAUGCUAAAGUGGAGAUUGACGACGGGAAGGAAGAGAGCGCGGAGCCAGACACGAUGUACCAAAACAUCCGUAAGAAGAUUGCACCUUUCGUUAUGUCCUUUGGAUUUCGUAUUUUCGGAGUCAUUCUGAUCAUAGUGGACGUUGUGCUGGUGAUUGUGGAUUUGUCCCUGCCGGCUAAGAGCAGAGAGGUCGGAGAUGCCCUCGAGGCCGUGUGCCUCACCAUCUCCUUCUUCUUCCUCGCUGACGUCCUCCUGCGGGUCUAUGUGGAAGGCUUCAAAGUGUACUUCAGCUCCAAGCUGAACAUCAUAGACGCCUUCGUUGUGGUCAUCACCCUGGUGGUCACCAUGAUCUACACCUUCACUGACCUGUCAGGAAAAAGUCUCAUCCCCAGGGCGGUGACGUUUCUCCGUUUCCUGAGAAUAAUAAUCCUGGUGAGACUUUUCCGACUGGCAGCUCAGAAGAAGGAGCUCGAGAAGGUCACCAGGAGGAUGAUUUCUGAGAACAAGCGGCGUUAUCAGAAGGAUGGAUUUGACCUUGACCUUACCUACGUGACAGAUCGCGUCAUCGCCAUGUCUUUCCCCUCCUCUGGGAAACAGUCCUUCUACAGGAAUCCGAUUGGUGAGGUGGCCAGGUUCCUGGACGCUAAACAUGAAGACCAUUAUAAAGUUUACAACCUGUGCAGUGAGAAAGGUUACGACCCCCAGUUCUUCCACUACAAAGUUGAACGUGUGUUCAUCGACGACCACAACGUCCCCUCCCUGGAGGACAUGCUGAAAUACACAGCCAAUGUGAGGGAGUGGAUGACGGACGCCAAAAACAUCAUUGCAAUUCACUGUAAAGGAGGGAAAGGACGCACAGGUACACUGGUGUGCACCUGGCUUAUCGAUAGUGACCAGUUUGAGAAUGCACAAGACAGUCUGGAAUAUUUUGGUGAGAGGAGGACGGACAAGAGUCGCAGCUCCAAGUUUCAGGGAGUGGAGACUCCAUCUCAGAGCCGGUACGUGGGGUACUACGAGAUCAUGAAAACGAGGUUCAACAGGCAGCUGCCUCCCAAACCCCUCCACAUCAAGAGCAUCCGCAUACACUCUAUAGCAGGUGUGGGUAAAGGGGACGGCAGCGAUCUUAAGGUGAAGAUAAUUGUGAAGAAAGAGCUGGUGUUUCAGUGUGUGUGUGCCAAACAGGAGAACUGCAAAGUGUUUCCUGGCGUGGGCAAUAAUGCAGCAGUCAUCAGUCUCCAGAACGGGCCUGAGGUCGAAGAGGACGUGAAGGUCAUGUUUGAAUCAAGUGCUGGUCUUCCAAAAGGAUACGAAGAUGUCCCGUUCUACUUCUGGUUCAACACGUCCUUCAUAGAGAACAACAGAUUGUUUCUACCCAGGGAUGAACUGGACAACCCACACAAACCCAAGACCUGGGACCUGUACAAGGAGGAUUUUUGUGUCUCCAUGUUCUUCUCUGAACCAUAAUAAUAAAAAAUGCUUUAGAAAAAUGAAGAAGGUACAAUGGCUUGUUACAGGUGAACAGGAAACACUAAUAAAUAAAAAACUGAAAUUAAAAAAGACAAUUCAACUGAAAUGGUUAAUAAGGGAUAUAUGAGGAAGCACCAUGACAUUUUAUGUAUUGUAUUCCAGUAAACGAGUUGAUAUGUGUAUGUGUGGUGACUCUUUUGGGUAUUCAAUAAAACAUUUUUAUUGCACUUGAAA